GUCAUUUUGGUGCGGGAAUGAAGAGUACCCAGCUAAGUGAGUGCUGCAAUAGUAAUAUUCGACAUUACUUGCAGUCAGAGUUUAGCGUUAGUAGGUUCUUUGUGCACUUUGAGAGGAUGCUUGAUAAUAAGAGGGAUGCUGAAGAACAAGAAGAGUACUAUGCGUUAUCUAGGUUGGCUGAUUCUCGGUUUUCUACUAGCCCUAUUGUGAAGCAAGUUGCUAAUGUGUAUACGCCGAAGAUAUUCAAGUUUUUCCUGGAUCAGUACAAGGAAUCCCUUGCGUAUAAUAUCUUUUCCAAUACGGAGAUAGAACCAGAAGGACAUGUAGGACUGUUUGAUGUCUUCAUAUUGGAGGAUGACCUUACAAGGUUGGAUAGUAGGGUGUUGAAGGUUGAUUUUGAAAACGGUGAAAUCAAGUGUUCGUGCCGUAAGUGGGAGUCAAGUGGUAUGAUCUGUAAGCAUCAAAUUAAGGGAUAUGAUAUGUUGUGGUCUACAACGUGCAAUCUGAAGUUCCAGCACAUUCCUAGCAGUUUGAUUUUGAAGCGGUGGACAAGGGCAGCGAAAACUGGAGGGAACUUUUCUUUUGAAGUUCCGUCUACUGAUAGUCCAUCGAAAUACCGUUCUCGUCUUUUCAAUCUGUCAGCUGUUUCUGCAUCAAUGAUCAGCAGGGUUGCAUUGGAUGAUGAUUUGUAUAAAUCAGCCAUGGCCUUCAUGACUGAUUUGAUCAAAAAGUGUGAAGCCCUAUCGAUUACUGAACCUGCUGGAACAAGCACAUCUUCUAACGGUGACAUUUGUUUUUGUUAUCUUGGUAUAGAUGAUGUACCGGUCCAAAAAGUGAAGGGGUUUAAGCCUAAAAAAGAUUCAUUCAAGCCUUCGAAACGACCAAUUCCAGCUGCGGAGGCUGCAAGGGCUGUAAGCAAGAAGAAGAGAAAAACUAGCAGGCUUGAGGAGGAGAAUUUGAAGGCUGUUGAAGAAAGUUUAAGGCUGAAGCUGUAAUAGUUUUCUUAUAGGAUUAUCUGAAUGAAUGGUUGAUGCUGGUUGAGUUGUUGAAGCUAUUUUGUUCUUUUGGAUGGGUUUUUGGUUUUGUUGG